ACAAGUACAGGAUGGCAAGUUAACGGACCCUUCAAAACUCCUUUUCUCAGCUGCAACAUUUCCUUCAUGGCUCUACCUGCGGCAGGAGUCGCCCUGCCAAAGGAUGGUGGGAGGUCGGCGGGAAGACGGACCAGCAGCUGGAGUUAGAUGUUUGACACAUUUAAGUCAGCAAAGUGGUCACACGCUGUCUUUGGAGUUGUUGGAUUGCAGUCAAGAGUGCCUAAAAUACCUCGUUAAGCUCCUUAUGACACUCCUCUCUCCUAACACUGAACGCUGACCUCUGAGCCCGUCUGACCUGGACAUGAAGCCUGCGACUCGACUGUAUUAGCAAAUUAUGACGUCUUCUUUAUGACAGGAGGGUUUGACGCCUUGAGUUUGGUGUUUUUGUCAGCCAGAGCCACAAAUUUACAAAACUGAGCAGCAGGCAUCGAGGGUUCAAACACACAUGAUGUUGUCCAACGUACAGACUGUGAAGUCUCUUCGUGUGCAUUUGUGAUGUUGGGCUGUAUAAGUAAAAGUGACUUGAGGCAAAUGGAGAAUAAUGCAAAACAUCCAACCACAGAACAUCACUGGAUACAGCCGACAGUAACUUUUAAACCCUACCGUUGUUCUGGUGCCUUUAUCUUCACAAAUAAAUUAAAUGAAAGAAAAUCAGGACAUUUAUAAUAUUUCAGUUAUUUGUAUUUAAUGAAAAGGUGACGCCUUAACAAACCUCUUAGGAGAAACUUCAAGGACUCAAAAAGGCCAGUAAACAACCUGGAUCCAAGCUAAGAAGGAAAUAAUUAAUUGAAUGAGAUACUGAUUGGGAUUAUGACAGGAGAUUCCGAUGCAGCGCCUAGUGGUCCUAAACACUACUGCACCUUAACAAACUCCAGUUUUUGACCAUGUUUGCAGCCUUUUGGACGUGAGACACUUUCAGACCGGAGGACCGACAUGGCAGUCGGUAAGGUGACCUUCAGCAAAGCAGAGAGAGAGAAGCUAGCCGAGGUUCUCUGGCUGCUCAACUGGAUCUCCGUGGUGACCGGAGUGAUUCUCUUCAGCCUCGGCUUGUUCCUCAAAGUAGAGAUCCAGAAAUGGGCGGAGGUGAUGUCAGAACAUGGGACCUUCUACGUGCCACACAUGCUGAUCACCACGGGCCUGGCAGCCUGCUGCAUCAACUACCUCGGUGGGCAGAUCUGCCUGGACUGCGCCGACACCAACAAGUUCCUGCGCUGGAAGUUGGUGAUGAUGCCGUACAUCGUCUGCACCUUCUUCUUCACGUCCUGCGUCCUGGCCGGGGCGCUCAUGUGCUACAGCAUCCGCAGCCAGCUGGAGGAGUCCCUGUUCCUGGGCCUGAGGAACGCCAUGCGGUACUACAAGGACACGGACACGCCGGGCCGCUGCUACCUGAAGAGGACCGUGGACAUGCUGCAGAUCCAGUUCCAGUGCUGUGGGAACACUGGGUACCGGGACUGGUUCCAGAUCCAGUGGAUCAGCAGCCGCUACCUGGACAUGACCAACAGUGCCGUGGUGGACCGGCUGAGGAGUAACGUGGAGGGUAAGUAUCUGAUGGACGGUGUUCCCUUCAGCUGCUGCAGCACCUUCUCCCCUCGGCCCUGCAUCCAGCAGCACCUCAACAACCGAACGGCCCACUUGCACUACGACCAGCAGAGCCAGCAACAGAACUUGUGGAGGAGAGGCUGUCGACAGGCCCUGCUGGACCACUACACCGGCAUCAUGGAGUCCAUCGGCCUCACCGUGCUGCUCAUCUGGCUGUUUGAGCUGCUGGUUCUGACGGGUGUGCGCUACCUGCAGACGGCCAUGGAGAACGUUCUCCUGCUGGGCGAUCCGGACUUGGAGUCAUAUGGUUGGAUUCUGGAGAACAGUCUGGCAGAAAUGGCCCGGUCCAACUUUAACAUCAUCAAGAACCUGGGGAAGUGUUACCAGGUCGACGACGACCCCAACAUCAACGUCCCGACCGCCGCCGCAGAGCGUGAGGUGCCCUCCCAGCAGGUCCAGGUUCCUGUGACCAGCUAACAUCAUCAUGGACCACUGAAGUCAUCAACUGCUCUGAUGAUGCAUCCUCAGCUGGAUCCCUUCCAGGAUGCAGAGCGGCGAGAAUUCAGUGUUCGUCCUGAGGGAUAAGAACAAAAACUCGAUCCAGACAAGCUUGGACAGAUGUUUAAAGUCCAGCUGCUGAGUCCUCAGAGCUCUGCAGGUCUGAUGGACCACCAGCGUUUUCUGCCUUCAGAUGGUACGAGUGUAACCACAGCUUUUAAAAACAUCGAUGUACACCAACUGUUCAUUGUGGGGUCUUUUUUUUAAGUUUCUAAGAUGAGUAAUUUUUUGUACUCCAGAGUGCAUUACUCAGAAAAAGAAAACAUGACAUGGACAUUUUUAAAUGUCAUGAAAGCAGACUUGCAUUUAGUUUCUAACUGACCUUCUAAAGGUACAAAUCUGUAAAAAAGGGUGCUGUAUAAUAAAUAAACCAGAACAGUAAUUUACCUUUUUUUCCAUUUCUGAGGCUGUUGCUAAAAAAUGUCAUCAAGCACCAUAAAGACAAGAACGUUAACAGAGGCCUGCAGGGGACAAGAUAACUCACAGCUGGUUAACGGGUUAAAAAACUGGUUUAUCUCUACAUUGUCUUUUGUUUUGGCAGUCAGUUUGGACCGACUACGGUUCCCCUGCUGGGAGUCCAGAUGGUGACGUUGUAUGCUGUGUCUUAACCAUCAGGUGCUUUUCUUACCAUUAUCUGUAAUGAACAUUAGGCUAAGUCUUUUUUCAAAAGCAAAAAUGUCAAGAAUAGAGCAGUAGUAGCUUCUCAAAUGGAAAUGUUUUGUUUCCCCAGUUUUCUUUUUACACACUAAACACUAUUAAACACAAGUUAAGAAUGUCAGAUGUGUUAGCAAUGAAAAUAACUGCAGCCUCACAGUUCUUUGAUGGAAUAACAGAUCUUACAGAGGGUUUUCUGUUUGUUCAUUACAUGGCGCACAGAAAAAAGAAAACUAUUCAGCCGCUCUACACGUGGAGGCCACAUAAUGGAGAAUCAAAGUUCAUCUUGUGCAUUAGCGGAGCAAAUUCGUGACAAAUUUACUUAACAGCAUGAUUUGGAGGAAACCUGGGAUUAUUUCUUUGUUUCUCUGUAAAAACUCGAUGCCUUCAUCUGUUUUCUGUCUCUAUCUUCUUCCUCUGCUUCCUUCUGAAAUGUUUUCGACUGAGGUCUAUGUAGUAAUUCAGGUUGUUUUUACAGGGUUUGUAGGUGUUAGUUUAAACAUUUUGCAGAUUUUGAUUUAAAGAAACAGCGAGAACAAUGUGUUGAGGAGGACUUUUUGUUAAACAUACAACAUUUUAAACCUGUUCCAUGUCUGUGUGUCCGGAACAAAGAGGUCCAUGACUUGUUUAGACUAGCAUAGCACAAAGACUGGAAGCAGAAACUGUUCACCUAACUAAACUGAAAACAACAACAAAUAGGGUCAUUCCUAAAAUAUCCAACCAGCUGAGGUGUCAACAUGAUGCUGUGAUUUUCUCUCACUGUGAGUUUAUGUGCUUUAUUUUAAUUUUUCUCUUAAUAAAGCUCAUAUUUCUGAUUA